GAUUAUGAGAAUUGGGCUGAGAGAAAUGAGAGCACUUUCCAAGUUGUUGUUUUCAUCGGUUAAAGACAGCACCUUCUUUGAGAGUUGUGGCGUAGCUGAUCUGAUCACCACAUGCCUGGGAGGAAGAAAUAGGAAAGUUGCUGAGGCUUUUGCAAGGAAUGGAGGCAAAAGGUCUUUCGAUGAGCUUGAAGCCGAGAUGCUGCAGGGCCAGAAAUUACAGGGUGUUUCAACAGCAAGAGAGGUUUAUGAGGUUCUGAGCCACCGGGGAUGGCUGGAGUUAUUUCCGCUUUUUGCAACAGUGCACAAGAUCUGCAUUGGUCAUCUUCCACCAUCAGCCAUAGUUGAAUACAGCGAACAUAAGCCAAAUUUCUCUCUGGUUGACGGAUCUGCCGAAUAUUUUUGAUUCACUAAAGGAGUACAAAGAAUUUGUCUCCCCUAUUGUUUUCAGGUUUGAACUCCUUAUAUAUAGCUUCUUUCAGUUGUGCAUUUAGCAGAAACGAGAAGAACACAGAAACAGUAUGCAAUUCACACGAUCAGAAAACAGGUUUACAGAUUACGGUAGAACCUUUGGACAAUUGAAAUUAACCAUUGUAGAACUCCUGUUAUUUCUUGCACUUUUUUCUUCAUUCACUAAUGUGUAACACCUACUUUGAUACAAGCCAUACAAUAAAGAAGCAGAACAAACUUUUGCUUCCUA